GCGUAACUCUCUCUGGAACUGUCACCGGCCACGUCGAGAGUACAUGCUAUUUUAUAAUUCUUCUGAACGCCAGAUUGUGGGUGUGGACUUAAAGUGAUGGCCGGAGAUCCUCGGAAGGUUGCUCUGAUAUCGGGAAUCACAGGACAGGACGGAUCUUAUCUCGCGGAGUUCCUUUUAGAGAAAGGUUAUGAAGUCCAUGGUAUUUUACGACGGUCCAGCUCUUUCAAUACCGGUCGGGUGCAACACCUGUAUGAAGAUCCAAGAACUCAUCGGCAGAAUUCGAUGAAAUUACACUACGGUGAUCUUCUGGAUAGCUUGAGUCUCAUCAAAUUGAUACGUGAGACGCAACCCAACGAAGUUUACAAUCUUGGCGCGCAAUCACAUGUCAAAGUGUCCUUUGAUCUCUCUGAAUACACUGCCGAUGUCGACGCUCUAGGCACACUGAGACUCCUGGAAGCGAUCAAAGUUUGUGGUCUCGAUAAAAAAGUCAAAUUCUACCAAGCUUCUACUAGUGAACUUUAUGGUAAAGUGAAGGAGAUACCCCAGAAGGAGAGCACCCCAUUCCACCCGAGAUCUCCUUACGGUUGUGCGAAAUUAUAUGCCUAUUGGAUCACCGUGAACUAUCGUGAAGCAUACGGCAUGUUCGCGGUGAACGGCAUCCUAUUCAAUCACGAGAGUCCCCGUAGAGGUGAGACUUUCGUCACCCGGAAAAUCAGCCGAUCCGUCGCGAAGAUCCAUCUCGGCCAGCUGGAAUUCUUCGAACUUGGAAAUUUGGAUUCCCAACGAGACUGGGGCCACGCGAGAGAUUACGUUGAAGCGAUGUGGCUGAUGAUGCAGCGGGAUACGCCCGAAGAUUUCGUUGUGGCCACAGGAGAGACUCAUUCGGUUCGUGAAUUCGUGGAGAAAUCUUUCGCUCGUAUAGGGAGAAAUAUAGAGUGGAGAGGUGAAGGAGUCGAUGAAGUCGGAGUCGAGAAAGAGAGUGGAAUCGUUCGAAUCAAAGUCAACCCGAGGUACUUCCGUCCGGCAGAAGUGGAUUUAUUGCUCGGAGAUCCAUCAAAAGCUCGGACGGAGCUCGGAUGGUCUAUCAAGGUGUCAUUCGACGAGUUAGUUAAUGAGAUGGUCGAUGCAGACAUUCUUCUGAUGAAGAGCAACCCGUCCGCGUAGUUCGCAGCGGCUGCAGCAAGAUGUGCCUUCCUACGGAGAUGAGCGAGCCCGCCACAUGCAGCUCACUCCGGUUUGAAGCGAUGCUUCGUCUAUAUACUCGGUGUCUGCUGGAUAUCUCCGCGAUUUCCCGCGAAAGCCGCCUCUGAACACAAGAGAACAUUCCUGAAGGGAAAGGAGCGCGACCUUCUUCAUGACUCCUCCAAAUCCUUGGGCACUGCAACGACCAACCCUACCGCCAACAAUGAGGGGCCAGCUCCACUCCCAUUUUUUCAACGUGACCCGAUCAACGAAACGGUUCCCGUUCGAGGUCUUUCCUCGCAUGCUAUAAAUAAGAAUAAACGUUGAAUACCAGAUGAUGAGCUUGAAAUUCAGGAGCCGGGAUUAAAAAAAU